AUGCAUCUAUAUUUCCUACUUCAGACUGGCGCCAAUUUAUCCCGUCUUCGGUCUCCACGAGUUUGGGAGCCCAAGUCUCUCCAGAAUAAUGAGGUAACCAGCCCACCACCCUAUACACCUCCGCCAAUGCUGAGUCCAAACCGCAGAGGUCCUGGCCUCUUCUAUUCCCUCACAAAGUCAAGUCAUACAGCCUUCUCACUAUCAGCGUCAGGGAAGGCAGCAAGUUCUGUCGUAGCUGCUACCCUCGACUCCGUCACCGACUCAGUAACCGAUUCAAGAAUUUAUGCCAACGACUACAGAAAUUCAGUACACAAGCAUCCGGAAAGGACAGAUCGACAAUGGCAAAUUAUUUCUUUCGAGGAAAGCGAGGUCUUGACAACAGGAAAAGAACCAAAGGCCGUUGGUGGUUGUAUCAAACCUCGGUUUACCUCUACCAAGAUUUCAAAUGGACUGAAUCGAAUAUUUAGCCUGGAUGGGCCAUUUGAUGAGGCACGUCUGGCCAGGUCGAGCCUCAGGCCAGAAGUCGUUAGUUAA